AUGCCGGAUCCGCCCGGCGCCGAUGCGCCCCCGCCCGAGGACCUAUUGGGUGGUAAUGGCGCAAGUGAUUCAUCACUCAACACGCAAACGCGUGAAGCGGUCACUGGAGGAACCGCGAAUCCUCCAGCUUGGUCGCCCGAGGCAACUCAGGUCCGGUUGGACCAUGAGAAGCUGAUGAAGAAGACCUUCCAAGUGCUCGGGAUUGUUCCCUCCAGCAAGUCGACCCGCCGACUGAUGGUCCUGAUGCACGACGCCUCGACCCCGCCUUCGCAGGCGCCAGCGCUCGCACGAGCCGCCCAAAGAGCGGUGCGAAACGACGCAGCCCCGGCCUCCAAUGUGAUUCGAGUCAUUAUGGAUGGUCCUGGAUCACCCAGAGGUCCUGUACAGACCGCGCUGCGCAAGCACUUUGGAUUGGCCGAGACGCCGUUCAUGUUCGCGCGGCCCGAGGGCGUCGUGCUUGACCCCGAGGUCGAGAAGCUUUUCUCGAAAUGCGUGAAGCUGAACCCGAUUGUGACGAAAGCCACGAAGAGGUUCCCGAUCGCUCGUCACAUGUACGAGCUUGUAUUCGAAUCCGAGCAAGCUUGUCUUGAAGCCGCUUCAGCGGGCCCAUUCCCCUACCACGGCAAGGAGAUGGUUACCGAGCUCCCCAGCGCCUCUCCCCUUAACCACGUCGUGCAGGUGCGAUUCACCUUGCCCUCCUCCUCCAGCGCGAUCCCCGCUUCCGUGCUCCGAAAAUCUCUCGAUGAUGCUAUCACCCUUUCGUUCGGCCGCGCAGGUCGCACGCAAGGUUAUACCCUGAUGCAAUUACAGCGGGGCCUCGCGGUCGAUCCGAAUGGUGAUCCGAUGGCCAUGACCGAAGACGGGUUCCACUGCGCGUACCUUCGCUUACAUGCUGAUCUUUUCCAAGGCUCCAUCGAGACGCAGAAGGGUGCGCUCAACGCCGCUUUGCCACAAGAGAUCGAGAUCCUGGGCGCCAAGUACGGCUUGCGACACGAAUUCGAGACGCACUACUGCGCGGUGUGCGAUCGCGCCGGACACCAGUGGGGCGCUUGCAGGAAGCCGGUUUCGACUCCGGCCACCGCCGCCCCUGUUCCGGGGGCCUCGACCUCGACUUCGACUUCGACCACCGGCUUCCGAGUUGCUGGAAAGAAUGGGAAGCACGGUGGGCCUGCCGCAUUGAACUCUCGUGUCUCUGGCGCGAACAUGAUCCAGCUGGGACCUCGUGCUAACCCCGCAGGUGCAGUAACCGCCAACAAGGACGACGCGAACGACGGCGACGACGAGUCGGUCGUUUCGACCGAACCGGAGGGCGGCGACACUGGGGAAGAGACGUCGACGCGUGCGACCCUGGGCUCAACAAAGGAGACGCAGACGACGACGGCGGCGCCCGUUUCGACCCCGACCUCUCCUUCGCCUUUGUCCGGUGGCACGUCGGGAUCAUCGGCAACCUCGACAACCUCGAUAGCCUCGACGAGUCCUCGACGCCUUCGUUCGAGCUCGGCACCCGGCAACCGACGUGUCACCCGGGCGGGAUCCGCCAUGAUCCUCGGUGCAUCAGGGGGUGAUGGCUCAGGGGGUCACAGGUCCGAGGUGACCGAAUUCGAGGGGGGCGGCGCUGAACUGAUUUAAUCAUGAUUGAGUCACUCACCGUGUUGACGUUCAACGUCCGAUCGAUGAAGAACGCAGUCAACCAAGUCAAAAUCAUCCGUUAUCUCAAAACCCUUCGGCCGGCCCCUGCGGCCAUCCUCCUGCAAGAGCACCACCUCAGCUACAACGCGUCGCGCGAAGGCUUCGAGAGUGCUUGGCCGGGGGCUUGUAUUCGUUUCACUCCUCAUGUCCUUACCCUCAUACCCGAUGGCUCACCUUUGGCGGGCCAUCUCCUUUCCUCUACCCCGGUCGUCUUUGCAGGAGCUCCUCGUUUCGACGGUCGGAUUCUGCGCUCGGUGUUUCGUCUUGAGGAGCUCGAUGUCGAGAUCAUCAACAUGUACGCGCCGGUGCAGGAGGACGAUCGUCGCGACUUUUUCGGGCUUCUGCACUUCAACGCCCCGAGACCCAAGAUUCUUCGGAUCUUGGCCGGCGAUCUCAACGAUUGUCCGGAUGUAUCGGUCGACCGAGUGUCCAUCACCGAUCGCGCUUGGACUCCUGUAUCGCACUGGCAGACCUUGCUGUCAAAGAUCGCGUUCAAGGCACUCGACACGGUCCGACAUGUCCAUCCUUGCACCCCUGCAUUCACUCGUCCUCACUACCGUGGUAGAGGGGAAGAGCGAAAGAUUUGCUCGUGGUCGCAGAUCGACUAUAUUCUUGUCCAAUGCAGUUGGGCGAACCGGUUGUUGAGCGCUUCUACGCUCUUCGAUGCGCCCUGUUCGGACCACAGACCUGUAGUUGCGACUUUCGCUUUGCCUACAUCGAACGCUGAUGCCGAACCCCCCCUUUCUCUUCCCUCCACGAGCGAUUUCAUUUCGAGGCUCAACCCAAUGGUCUUUGACGAUCAAGACUUUGUCGCAUCGAUUCCCGGGGUCGUCGACGAGGUCUAUCAAAGGCUCGAGGGGACCGCUCCGCUCGGCGACGUCUAUGACGCCGCUCUGCGGGCGGUUGCAGUCGCUGGCCAUGCACGAUACCGCUCGACUCGUGCCGACAUGCGCCGACUGCGGGCCGAGAGCCAAUCCGUCAUGGAGGCUUUGGAGGCACGCGGUGAGCACAUGAAUGAGGCCGAGCGCGAUGCGUAUGCUCUUGCCAAGUCGCGGUUGGACCAGUUGGCGGUAAAGGAGGCUCAGUGGCUGCGCAUUCGUGCGCAUGUGCCGUCAGUCGACUCGAGGGAAGGUCAAUCGGCAAGCAUUCGCAUGCGCCUCAACCGCCGGAGUCGCCAGACGAGCAUCGUCUCGCUGGAGGAUGUGGAUGGCACCGAGACCGUUGACAUGCAGGAGGCGCUGGGUAUUGCUUCACGGCACGCGCAGUCGCUCUUCACGCCGGACCCAGCUCGUGGCGACCCGACGAACGCACGCCGGUCCCUGCUCGACCCUAUUCGCGCAGCGAAAUGCUACGAUGACGACCGCUCGGACCCUACGUUCGGUCGUCGGCUGCCUCGUCAAGCGAGAGUGGCGCUUGACGAGCCCUUCACCCUCCUCGAGGUUGAAGCGGCGUUGAAGAAGACGGAUUCGGGGCGAUCACCGGGGCCCUCGGGCAUUCUGUCAGGAGCACAGCCUGCACUGCCAUCAAUACUCGAAGGAAGUCUCCCAAGUUUGCGGCCGGAGUCGACAUCAGCUACCGGUUUGUUCGUUGCAAGCAUUGUCGGCGCGAUGGUGUAGUCGUGAGGGCGCGCGGGCGCGCACUCAGUGGUCGAGGGUUCGAUCCGCCCGGAGCGUGAUCUGCCUUUUGGUUUCUUUUCCUUUUUGUUAUCCGAGGCCCGGCUUCGGGGUUUUUACCGGUGCCUUGCAGGCAAUCCUUUUUACCCCUGAAGCGACCUCGUGGUGUAGUUAUUUGAUUCAGUCUUUCCUUCGCUCGGAGCACUUCCCUCCUUUUGCUUUUGCCACCCUUCCCCUAGAGCUUGGUCCACUCAUUAUCAUGACUCGUACCCUCCCUCUUUUUACCCAUUUCGCUGGCAAUUAAGUCCGUUACACUUGAUUUGCUGCGAAGCCUUCCGACCGAAUCCACUCCUCGGUUGCUCUCGGUCGACUGCCGCCGCCCAGCCGACUCGACCUUCCCAUCGGCCUGGUCAGCUAUUUCUUGGAUCGUUUGCCCUUCCUCUUUUGUCCGACCUCGUUGGCCACCAUAGUCCGGUACACUGGACUUGCUGCGAGCCUUGCAGCCGCGUAUCCUCCGCGGUUGCCUCUCGGUCGACUUCCGCCGCCCAGCCGACUCGACCUUCCCACCGGCCUGGUCAGCUAUUUCUUGGAUCGUUUGCCCUCCCUCUUCUGUCCGACCUCGUUGGCUACCAUAGUUCGGUACACUGGACUUGCUGCGAGCCUUGCAGCCGCGUAUCCUCCGCGGUUGCCUCUCGGUCGACUGCCGCCGCCUCGGUCGACACCCCCUUCGCUCCUUCGCGCUUUCGCGCGCUCUCUCGCUCUCUCCCUCGUCUCUCGCGUGUAGUCAUCGUCAUCCCCUCCGACGUUGCCUGUCACAUUCCGUACGAGCUCUUCAAGGCGCUGCCAACCUACUUUGCUCCCAAGCUGUUGGACUUGUUCAACUCGAUUUGGGAGGGCGGCAAAAUGACGGCGUCCUUGGCAGAGGGGCUGGUGCGGCUCUUGCCCAAGAAUAAACCGGGGGCCAAUCUGAAAUCACUGGGGGCAUACCGACCGAUCACAUUGCGCGAGACGACCUACAAGGUCCUCAGCAAGGUCUUGGUGGCGCGACUCAAUGGGGUGCUCGGCGAGCUUUUGCCGCCGGCGCAACACGGCUUCAUGCCAUCAAGACGUUCAGCGGACGCGGGAAGUCAUCUCACUCUCCUUCUCGAAAAACUCAAGUCGCUAGGCACUGAUGUUUUCCCCGAGGGCGCCCUCUUGUCUUUGGAUCAGCAGAGCGCGUACGAUCGGGUCGAUCACGCCUGGAUCUUCGAGGUCUUUGAGGCCUUUGGGUUCGGUGAGCGUUUCAUCUCGCUGCUGCGCGCUCUCUACGAUCCCGAGACUCUGGGGGUGCGCUACCUUGUCAAUGGGUUCCCCACGGACUUGGUGCGGUUGCUGUGUGGUCUCGGUCAGGGGGAUCCCCUCUCGUGCCCGGUUUGGAACAUCACGUUCCAGCCCUUCCUCGACGCCCUCGUUCGGCGCGGGAUCGCGCUCGACCUGCAGAAGGUGUGGCCAGGGGGGCCGCGUGCGCAGCUUACGCAUCUGGCGUUUGCCGACGAUGCUGUGGUGGUGGUGGAGUCACCGGCGGCAUUGUCGAAGCUGCAAACGCUGUCGCAGACGUGGUACGAGGCUACCAACGGGAAGACCAACACGGACAAGACGCUGGUGCUACCACUCGGACCGAACUGGCUUCGGGACGAGACUGCGCAGGCGCUGCCAACGGUGCAGGAGGGGGAGAGCUUCAAGUGGUGCGGCUAUGCCUUCUUUCGCCACGGUGACUCGAAACUGUUUUGGACCCAUGUUCUUGACAGGAUCAAGGCCAAGGCCCGCGCCGCUCGAGACCGGACACUUUCGCCGAGUGGGAAGGUUUUCUAUGCCAACGCUCACAUCAUCUCGACGGUCCUCCACGUGCUGUCCUUCGACAUACCGCCUCAAUGGUUCAUUAAGGCGGCGGAGACGGCACUUACGGACUUUGUCUGGGGAGGAGCAGGGCGAAAUACCGUCGCUCGCGAUUUCGUGUUCCAGGCUCGGGAGGACGGUGGCUUGGGUUUGAUUUCGAUUGGCGACAUCGUUCAUUCGGUGGCGCUUCGAUUUUGGGAUGCUGUGGCGGGCUCGGACGAGGCGAUCUGGGCGCCCCUAGCUCGCGAGAGCUGGAGGUCCCUCGUCGCUGCGACCCGCGAUUUCAGUCCGUGGGGGUUCUUCAGCAGCACGGCUCGGGUCGAGAAGCUGUAUCGCGACUCGACGCGCUGGGGGGCAGUCGUUGCAGCGGCCAGGGUCACAGUUCCAACCAUCAAGUCCGAACUCCUUACGCUUCCCGAAUUGCUCUCGCUUCCGCCUCGCCUCCCUUCACUCUAUGCUGAAGGUGCCCAGCACGCAUAUGACGAUGCGGACGCGGUGGCGAAGUUUGCGCAGAUCGCGGACCUGUACUGGAGGGACGAAGGGAAGGGAUGGGCUCUGGUUGGUCAUCGACGCGGGUUCUGGCAGCACUCUAAGGAACCCGCCCUACAGCACGAGCACGUGUGGUCGCGCGUGGGUCAGUUGCUCAAGGCGAAAGCGUUGCUGCCCAAGACCGCGUUGCGACCUGCUCGGAUACCUCUCAUGGAGGCUCCCCGUCCUCGGUGCUUCAACUUCUUUGGGCUCUCCCGACCUUUUACGAUUCGCAAGCUAUGA